CUUCCAGCUGCCUGUCUAUAUUAGAGCUAUAUAGUAAAUCACGUGACUUGGGUAAGACGCGCUGGUCGACUGCAGUGGUUUAGCCAAUAUAACUGUAUACAUUAACUAGAAUUUCUCAGGGGCGAGUUGUAGUUUCACAGAUAAUAUAUAUGCAGUGUGCAUGCUGUAGUGAUCAUUUUGAGUGCACAAACACGACUCGGCUAAAUUAAACAAGAUGGCCUCAAGAAACCAACAAACAGACGUAAUAGUUGUUGGAGGUGGAUUAAGUGGCUUGUCAGCUGCUAAAUUACUCAAGGAAAAGGGACUAAGUGUUUUGUUGUUGGAGGCUCGUGACCGAGUUGGUGGCAGAACAUUCACUAUUCAAAACGACAACGUUAAAUAUGUGGACCUCGGAGGGUCCUAUGUUGGUCCGACUCAAAACCGUGUGUUGCGGAUGGCCAGGGAAUUUGGUGUUAAAACAUUUCUCACUAACGAAAAGGAAGAUAUUAUUUAUCAUGUAAAUGGCCGUAGCAGACGAUUUAAAGGAACAUUUCCCCCUGUCGGAGGAUUCUUUGCAUGGAUGGAUAUGAACAAUUUGUUUCGUACCAUGGAUAAAAUGGGAGAAGAGAUCCCUUUAAACGCUCCAUGGAAAGCACCACAUGCGGAAGAAUGGGAUAAACUGACAAUGCAACAGUUUUAUGAUAAACAUGUUUGGACAAAAGGAGCGUUGAAUUUUGUUCAAGAAUUUGUUCAGUUGAACGUUACAGCUGAGCCAUACGAGUCAUCUCUAUUGUGGUUUUUAUGGUAUGUUGCUCAAUGUGGUGGUACAGAUAGAAUUUUCUCUACGACAAAUGGUGGACAGGAAAGGAAAUUUGUUGGAGGAUCACAACAAAUCAGUAUUGGUAUCGCCGACAAAUUAGGUGAAGAUUGUGUAUUGUUAGAAAGACCAGUUAGUAAAAUACAACAAGAUAAAAAUGGUGUAAUUGUUACAGACCACCAUGGUAAUAAUUAUAGUGGAAAGUAUGUCAUCAUAGCUACCCCCCUUCCUCUUCAAAAUAAGAUUAUGUAUGAACCACCACUUCCUGGCUUACGUAACCAAUUGAUCCAGAGAAUACCAAUGGGUUCUGUUAUUAAAACAUUUAUGUAUUAUAAAAGACCCUUCUGGAGAGAAAAGGGAUUGUGUGGUUCUGCUGGAAUUGAUGAUGAAGGUCAACCUAUUGGAUUUUGUUUAGAUCACGUUCACCCUGAUGGCACAAAACCUGCAUUGAUGGGAUUUAUUCUUGCUGAUAAAGCUAGGAAAUAUAUUGAUAUGACCAGAGAAGAAAGGAAAAAUAAAAUUGCUCAAUUAUAUGCUAAAGUAUUUGAGUGUGAAGAAGGUCUUCAUCCAAUCCAUUAUGAAGAAAAGAACUGGAUGGAAGAACAGUGGUCUGGUGGAUGUUAUACAGUAAUGAUGCCACCUGGAUUCCUGACUAAUUUUGGUAAAGAAAUCCGUCGCCCUGUUGGCAGAUUGUAUUUUGCUGGAACAGAAACUGCAAUUCAGUGGUCAGGUUAUAUGGAGGGUGCCAUUCAAGCCGGAGAGAGGUCUGCUCGUGAAAUACUGUGUGCUAUGGGUCGACUUCCGGCCAAUCUGAUUUAUCAGGAUGAUCCUGAAGACCCAGAAGUCAAACCGAGGCCAUUUGAAAAGACAUUCUUGGAAAAUUACGCCCCUUCUGUUCCAGGAUUUUUACGUUUAAUGACAUUUACUACUGUAAUGUCUGGUAUUGCUGCUGGUGCUUUCUUUUACCAUAAACAUGUCAAGUAAACUGUGUUUUUAUACCCUAACCAGUUUUUAACAAGUUUUCAAUUUUAUUUGUUCUAACAGAUAGCCACUAUAAUAUUGAACAUUAUAUAUUUGUAAUUAUAUACGGAAUUUGUAAUAAAAGAAUAAAAGUAUGUGACAGCUU